CCUCGCAUGAAAGAUGUGGCGACUAGGCCCCGUGUGUGUGUGUUUCUCCCCCCACUUUGCCUCGUAGUCAGCCCUCCCUCCCCCUGCAAGGAUGAAAACAUGAUGAUGGUGGAGGAUUUGGCUUAGUGCUCUCUUACAGGGGAACACGGGCUCAUAAUCACUGCAAAUACAGCGGGCUGAGUUGUUGGGACCAGGGAAAGGUUGUGUGAUCAUGUUGAGCCUCACGUCAGGGAAGACACAUCCAGUGCAUGAGGUCAAGAGGUCAAGACGAGUUCAGCUCAGUGUGUCAGUGGCCGGAAAGGUUAUUGUAGGUCACAGGCGCAAUGAUGAGCUGGGAGUGGAAGACAUGUGCAAUAGCUACAUACUGAUGUCUGGAAGAAGAACUGAUUAUAAGUGUCUCUCGCUCAUCUCUCAACAAGUGCAGAGUUCUGUCUCAUCCAUGGUGGUCAGUCCAAUGCUGAUUUUAGAGGUCAGGGGCGUGAUGUCCAUCCACAACUCCUGGUUUCACAAAGGCAGACGCAAGAAUUGCGUUUGGACAAUCAGCUCCGGACCUCCAAGUUCUCUUGGUCACUGGGAGCACAAGAUGAGACCCAGAGGAUCAGAGCCCUCUUCACAAAGACAAUCUCUGUCCGAGAGGUGUUCCCCCAAAGAAGGGGACAAAACACACACAACCUUGUUUAGAGCGAUCCCUCACAUCCCGUGCCAUGGCGAGGUGACACAGAGAUUCUCUGUCCUCUCCCUGCCCAGUGCAUUCUGGGAGAGCGACCAAAAGCAGUUUUACGACCAGGAGCUGCUGACGCUCACUUCCUGCCAAGAAUCGGAGAGACGAGGACAAUCCCCGGCAGUGGCUCAGGGGUCAGCGGAGUCCCCCGGACAAAAUGAGCAGCCGGCUGCAGACGCCCCUGAGGACGUGUGA